AUGAAUUUAAAUGAACCGGAGGAAUCGCAAUUGAAUUUUCUUAAUCAUGAAUUACAAAAGGUCAUAAAAUCAAGUAGUGGUGGUGAUAACGAUGAGGACUAUGAAAAAUUUAUAAAUUCAUCAGAUUUUAAAACAAUUUUAAGUUGUUUUGGAGGCUCGAAAAGUGAAAAGGUUAAAACAACAAGUUUGAUAUUUUUAUCAAAAUUAAUCGAAAAAUUUUACAACGAUGCAGAAAAAAACUCCAAUAAAACAACAACGUCAUCGUCAUUAUUAUUAUUGUUUAAGCAAAAAACUUUUGAAAUAAUAUCAAAUUGGACAAAUUCAACCAAAAAAAUUGAUAAAUUAUUUGGAUAUAAUGCAUUAUUAUAUAUAUUUAAAGUUUUUUAUGAAUUAGGCGAAGAAGUAUUGAACAAAGCGGGCUUUUUGGAAGAGAUGAUGGAUUGUGUUGAGUUUGAAGAUGAACAGGUACAAUUAACAAUUUUGGAAAUCUUGUCCUUGGCUUGUUCACAAAAAAACUCUAGACUUUUAAUUGCUGCAAAUUGUCAAGAAUAUUUAAAAUCUUUAAUGAUUAGUAAAAAUCAGCAUCUCAAAUCUUUGUCAGCUGUUAUUUCAACAAAGAUUUUCUUGGAUGAAAAAUCCAAAAACAACAACGACAACGACCCAAUUGUUAACAGUAUAAAUAAUAAAAAAUUAAUAACAGAUAAAGAUCAUGUCACUGCAGAAUCAGGACCAGAAGAAGAAAGAGAAGAAAUAAAAUUAGCAGGAUUAUUUAGAAAUCUGGUAUUAGAUUCUGAUUCAAAUUAUGAAGUACGUAAAAAUGCUAUUGAAGGUUUAGCAUAUUCUAGUACAAAGGCAUCAGUCAAAGAAAUGAUAAUUGAUCAUCCCACAUUACUAAAAGAGAUAUUUGAUUUCAUUUUAAACGAAUUAAAAAAAGAAGAAGAAAAAGGAGGAGGAAAACCGAUCCUAGAUAAUUCAAUACUUUAUGGAGUUGCAGUAGUUUUAUCAAAUAUUACAAUGUACAGAAAAAAAUUAGAUGAAACUGAAGAACAAAUUUUAAAGUUAAAGAAAUUAACUGGUGAAAAUAAUAACAAAAGUAAGAAUAAUGAUGAGUUGGACCCAUUGGAUGAUGAUGAACAUGUGGUUAAACGUAAUAAAAAAUUGUUAAGUAUUGGAGUUAACAAAAUACUAAUCAAACUAUCAAAAAAUCAAAGUCAAGUAAUUAAGCAACUAGUUGCAAAUAUUUAUUUAAAUCUGGCAAGAGAUCGAUCAAAUCAUGGAUUGAUGGUACAACAAGGUGCUAUAAAAGCUUUAAUUCCAUUGGCAACGAUGACAACGACAACAAUGACAACAACAGCGAAAACAACAAUGGCACCAACAAAAGGAACCAAAGAAAAUUUGCAACAAUAUGCAACACAAGCAUUAGCAAAAAUUGCAAUCACGAUGAAUCCAAAUCUUGUUUUUAGAGGCGAGCGAUCGACCGAUUUGGUGAAACCGUUGCUUAAUUUGUGUAAAAGCGAAAGUGAAUUAUGCCAGUUUGAAUCAUUGAUGGCACUGACAAAUUUAUCUAGCACAGAUGAUAAUAUCAGAUUACAUAUUUAUCGGCUUGAUGGAUUGGGUAUAGUGGAAAAUCUACAAUUAUCUGAUAAUAUAAUGGUUCGAAGGGCAGCAACAGAAUGUUUGUGUAAUUUGAUGUUUUGUGAACCAAUAUUUGAGAGGUAUAGUGACUACGAGAAAUCCAAAAAUAAAAUAAAAGUGUUGGUAGCGUUAUCAGACGUAGAUGAUUUUGAGACUAGGAGAGCGGCAAGUGGAUGUUUAGCAAUCUUGUCAACAGAUCAAAAUGUGUGCAAGAUGAUAUUGGAAAGACCAAGAGGUCUACUAACUUUAAAAGAUUUGUUGGAUGAGCAAUCUGUUGAAUUGCAACAUCGAAGUGUCGAGUGUUUGAAAAAUAUAGCAUCCACAAAUAAUAAAGAAAUGGUGGAGAAAUUGGUCGAGUCAGGUAUACAUAAGAAAUUAAUUGAAUUAGUCAAAAGGAAUAAAGAGCAAGUGGUAACAGCGACUUGUGUAGAAACAUUAAAAGAAAUUUCAAAACAUCUAUUUGAUGAUGAUUUUUUGCUAGAUUGUUCAGCUUUAGGAAUUUUAUCCUCAAGAACACCAUUCUCAUAUUUAGCAACGACAUUAUCAGCUUUCACAUUACGUGUGAGUGCAAUUUUACCAGAAAUAUAG